AUGGCGUGUAAGGAAAAACCAUCUAAAAGCAUUUUGAAAUCUGAUCAGGAACAACCUCCAACACUUGGAACAUACAAUAUAUAUACGAAACGUGCCAGUUUCAAAGAUGAUGUCAUCCUUCAACAAUUUAUACAGGACAAUUGUGAAGUAAUUACACCACCGGUUAUUGAAGCUAAACUUCCAAUUGCAUCAGAUGAUACAGAAGAACAGCUAAGUCCUGAAGAAAUAUCUCGAAGAAAUGAAUUCAAGCAAAAACGUCGUUUAGUCGAUCUAGAAGGAAUUGAUGGAUUGAAUUUGAAAGCUGUUUUAGGCCAUAGAGUUUCUUUGCCUGGAGUUGAACUUGACGAAGAUGAUGAUGAUGAUGGCGAUAAUGAAAAUAAUAAACGUAAAGAAGCAGUGAGUCAAGCUAGCGGAUCAGUCUGUACAAGUGGUGAGGUGUCACUUCCAGUCCCAUCAAAAUCCAAUGAACAUGAAUCUGAUUCUGAUUGGAGUUUUCCUGACACGGAAUCGAAUUCAUUAUGCUAUCCAGUACCUAAUGUUGUUAACAGGCUACCGGAUACCAGUUCAACUGCAGGAACAACAACGACAACAACAACAAACACAGUAAGAAUAGUUAAAAUAA